UCUGCCCCGCAGCACAUAAAGGCUUUCUACAACGCCACGUGGGCUCGGCGGUAUGGGCCCGGGCUGGCCCCGGGCCCCCUGACCCUCCUCUACUCCCUGACCGUCUCCGUCUUCGCCCUGGGCGGGCUGGUGGGCUCCUUGCUGGUGGGGGUGCUGGUGGAGUGGUACGGCAGGAAAGGCGCCCUGAGCCGCAGCGCUCUCCUCGUCCUCCUGGCCGGCGGCUUCAUGGGCUUCAGCCGGGAGCUGGGGUCCCCCGAGAUGGUGAUCGUCGGCCGCUCCAUCACGGGGGUCCACUCAGGUAUCUGUCUCAGCGUGGUGCCCCUCUACCUGGGAGAAAUCGCCCCCAAGAACCUGCGGGGAUUCCUGGGCCUCGUGCCCAGCAUCUUCAUCUGCCUGGGGGUUUUCUUCGCGCAGGUGCUGGGCCUCCCGGAGCUGCUGGGCAAGGACAGGUUCUGGCCCCUUUUCCUAUCGGUGGUGGUUGUUCCUGCCUCCCUCCAGCUCCUGCUGCUGCACUGCUUCCCCGAGAGCCCGCGGUACCUGCUCAUAGAGAAGAACGACAUCGGUGGGGCCACCAAGGCGCUGCGCCGGUUCCUGGGGACACCCAGUGUGCAGGAUGUGAUCGAGGAGAUGAAGGAGGAGCAGCGGUCACUCUCCUCUGUGGAGAUGGUGUCCGUCGGGCAGCUGCUGCGGGACCCCUCCGUCCGCUGGCAAACCCUCUCGGUGGUGGUGGUGAACGCUGGCAUGCAGCUCUCGGGGAUCGAUGCCAUCUGGUUUUACACCAACGCCAUCUUCGAGAACGCCGGAAUCCCUGUAUCCCAGAUCCCCUACACCACCGUGGGCACCGGAGCCAUCGAAGUUGUUGCUGGGCUGAUCGGGAGUGUCUCCUUCUGGCUCCUGCUUUCAUUGUCACUCCGUUAGCAGAGCCAC